UAACGACAGAAUACCAGAGAGAGAGAGAGAGAUCAGCCGAGACAAACCCAUCUCCCGGUACCAAUGGAGAACUGGAAGCUCCAGGUGUCAACAGUGGUAUUUCUGCUUCGUUACGGUUUCCUCGUCUCUGCAACGAUGAUCUUUCUUGCAGCUUCCUUAGUUUACAGUCAACAUCGUUACUUCGAACACAUCCUGAGCAAGGUACGCGAAGACUUCGCGAUCACAAACGGCAGUACAGAGAGGCAUCACAACCAUUCUGAUACAGCCACUCUAUACUUGAUAGACGAGAAAGAUUUCUGCCUGCGUCGACCGAACUUGCAGGUAAUCGGAUACGUCAUCAGUGCCACCAAGAGAGUUGAAAACAGAAGAGUGACACGAGAGACACCUGGGCACGUGCCACCAGUAAUAUGGCCGUCAUCUUUGUGACAGGUGUUCCUGAAAACGACGAGGAACAGCAGCUCAUUCUCGAAGAAAGUAGAGAAUUUGGAGAUAUCUUGCAGGUGGACCUUGCAGGCGACUAUCGCUCUCAGAGCUACAAAGGACUAUCAGUAUCAGCCUUAUCCUGGAUCAAUUCUCACUGCCAAGACGUUCCGUGGACACUUCGCGCUGAUGACGACGUCUUAAUCGACGUUUCCUCACUGACCACGAACCUACAACACUUCCACGUAAACAAGACUGACCACUUCUACUGCAGCACUCGACAGGGCGAAGCAGUGAAGGGAGGCGAAGUGUCUGUCAGUCGUGAAGAACCUCCUACCUCUGGAUAUCCUGGCUCCUGCUCUGGGCAGGUUUGGGUUCUGUCGACGAAGGCUAUUCCUCGAUUGUUGAAGGCGUCAGAGGGAGAUUCCUUACCGGGAGUCGAUGAUGAUGUUGACAUCACCGCUGUCUUGGCGGAGAAAGCUAAUCUGACCAUAUCUGGUGACCCUGACGGUUUUAGGUCGAAUCGUAUUGGUGACCCUGACAGUUUUAGGUCGAAUCGUAUAAGGGAGGAAGACAACAGCAUCAAUGAUGCUUUGGUCAAAAUCAAAGGGGAUCGGAGAUACUAUUGGCAAAAGAUUGUGAACAAAUAUAAAAAUAAACCGUAAGUACAUUCUUAUCUUAUGUAGCAUACUUGAAAUAGGAAUUUCAAACGAACAUCUCAACGCAUCUGCAUUGUUCGCAAAACAUGGUUCAAAAUAUAUUAGCAGCAAUACAUUACAGACAUCAACGAUUAUGUUGUCAUUUCUCAA